GCCCCGGGGUGCCCCGGACCCCGGGGAUGCCCGGGCCUAUAAGGCCGCGGGAGCAGGAGCUUGGCCAGCGCAGACCUCCGGCCCGGGGCGCAGCAUAGAGGAAGAUGCGGGCUCUGCAGCUUCUUUCCCCCCUGCCCUGGCUCCUGCUCCUUCCCCUUCUCCUGCCCCUGGCCCAGCCCGCUCUGGCCCAGCCCCAGCCCGGGGCCCUCUCGCCCCAAGCCAGUGCCCUGCUCCAGACCCUGGGAUUGAGUCCUCCCUCUGGGCCCCCUCCCACCCGCCCCGUCCCCUCAGUCAUGUGGCGGCUCUUCCAAAGGGGCACCGAGGCCGCAGAGCCCCAGGACCUGCCCCAGGAGUCCCAGCCCCUGCCCUGCCACGUGGAGGAGCUGGGCGUCCCCGGGAACAUCGUGCGGCACGUCCUGGAUGGCGGUGCCUCUGCCCCACCAGAGCCAGCCUCGGGCUCCCUGUGCCUGGAGAAGCCCCUUUUCUUCAACCUUUCAUUCCUAGACCUUAAGGAGCAGCUGACCCUGGUCCGCCUGGAGUUGAACUUCGGUGCCCCCGGGGACCUUGCCCCCGACCAGGGCUGGGAGCUGAGCCUGGCGCAGGCCCAGGGCCCCCGGCUGUGGGGACAGCCCCUGCACUGGCACCAGCGAGAAGUGCUGCUGAGCCGCACAGUGCCCAGCCUGCGCGACCCCCUCUACUUUGACAUGCUGUCCUUGGGCCUGAUGGGGAAUUCCACCUUCCCCCACAACUUGAGCCUCGUCUUGGAGGUGUUGCCCGCUAGAGAGGGCGCCCUGCCUCCGGGAUCGUGCAGCAUGCUGGGGCGGUCCCUGGAGGCCUCCCUGCUGGUGGUGACCCUCGACCCCCAGCUGUGCCAGCCCGCCCCCAGGAAGCGCCGCGCCACCCACCACUCUCCGGACAGCCCCGACCCACCUUGUGCGGCCCGGCAGCUCUACAUCAACUUCCAGGAAGUGGGCUGGCACAACUGGAUCAUUGCCCCUCGAGGCUUCAUGGCCAAUUACUGUCAAGGGCACUGCUUCUUCCCCACUGCCACCAAGAUCUCCAGUUUGAACCACGCCGUGAUGCAGUCCCUGAUGCACUCGGUGGCUCCGGCCACGACGCCCCCCCCCUGCUGUGUUCCCGUGAAGCUCUCGCCCAUCUCCGUCCUCUUCUACGACAACAGUGACAAUGUGGUCCUCCGGCACUAUGAGGACAUGGUGGUGGACGAAUGUGGGUGCCGAUGAGGGGAGCCUGGGCCCGGGGGGCAGGGAAGAGCGCCUGGCCUCCAUCCCUUCCUGCCAAAGGGGAAUCCCCGUGUGUAUGUGGGCUUGCCCCCGUGUGUAUCCUGACCUUAAAAACCUGACUAAUAAAACUGCUGGGUUUGUUUUGGUUUG